UCGCUCUCCCUUGAGUGGUUGCCAUAGGAACGGGAAAAGCUGAUUUGAGGAUUACAGCAGGCAGUCCAAACGGUUUGCUUACAGCCUGGGUCAUUAUAAAAUAGUAUUUUAAAAUAUCAGAAUCAGCAUGUCCUCUGUUCCCCAGGAGAUGAAAGAAAGUUCAGUGGCCAGUUCCAAAUGGCUUGAUGCCCACUAUGAUCCAGUCGCCAAUCUAUAUACUUUUUCCUCUUGCAUUGCUCUUUCAGACUUGCAUGGCGAUGGUGAGAACAAGCUGGUGGUGGGUGAUCUAGGCACAGGAGCAUGUAACAUGAAGCUAAAGGUGUACCGUGGCACUAGCCUGUUGAGUGAGAGCACCCUGCUGGACUUGCCCACUGGCCUUGUCUCUUUCCUCAUGGACCUGCAUGAGCCACGAACCCCGGCCAUUGCUGUGGCUUCUGGUCCCUUCAUCUAUGUCUACAAGAACUUGAGGCCCUAUUUCAAGUUCACACUGCCCAGUCUGGAGGUAAACCCUCUGGAGCAGGACGUUUGGAGUCAGGCCAGGGAGGACAUGAUUGAUCCAAUUACCCUUAAAGAGAUGUUGGAAGGAAUAAGGGAUAAAGCAGAAAUUCCACUCUCUGUCAGGUCACUACGCUUCCUCAUGCUUGAGCCACAGGAAAUGGAGACUUUCGUUCAUCUUCACAAAGAACAGCCUAUUCGUAGACAGACGGUCAUUACCUGUGUAGGAACAUUGAAGAAGAACAUGGCAGAUGAGGAUGCAGUUAGCUGUCUGGUGAUUGGCACAGAGAACUGUGAUGUUUACAUAUUAGAUCCAGAGGCCUUCACCAUCCUCUCCAAGAUGUCACUGCCUAGUACACCCACACUCAUGGAUGUAACUGGUCAGUUUGAUGUGGAGUUCCGUAUUACUGUGGCCUGUCGCAACGGCAACAUCUAUAUACUACGCAGGGAUUCCCUGAAGCCAAAGUACUGCAUUGAGCUGUCCUCUAACCCGGUGGGUCUGGUGAGGAUGGGAAAGAAUGUAGUUGUAGGAUGUACUCAAGAGACUCUGCAUGGUUACACUCAAAAGGGGAAAAAACUGUGGACAGCUUAUUUGCCUGCACCUGUCACCACCAUGGCCCUGAUGGACCUCCCCACACGAGGAUUUCAGGCUGUGCUGGUGGCUCUGGCCAAUUGUGAAGUACACAUGUACCGAGACAAACAUCUGAUCAGCACCAUCAAGACGCAAGAUGUAGUGACAAGCAUUUGUUUUGGUCGUUAUGGACGGGAAGAUGGCACCCUGAUAAUGACCACAAAAGGUGGAGGUGUGAUCGUGAAAAUCCUUAAGAGAACAGCUGUGUUUGAUGAGAAGGACUCCGCUCCUGGCCCUCCAAUAGCCCAGAGCAUCCGUCUGAACGUGCCCAAGAAGACCAAGCUCUACGUGGACCAGACCUUGAGAGAGCGGGAAAAUGCAAUUGCCAUGCACAGAGCUUUCCAGAUGGACCUGAGCAGGUUGCGUCUAGCUGCGGCACGGGCCUAUGUCAAAGCAAUCGAGUCCAGCCUCACGCCCAUGUCAGCCAGUCUGUCUGAGCCACUCAAGAUGAACGCUGUGGUUCAAGGGCUGGGUCCAUCCUUCAAGCUCACACUAAACAUCCAGAACACUGCAGCCUGCCGCCCGGUCAUGAACCUAGCCAUCAGUUUUCUGUAUGACGAAAGUUUGUACAGCAUGAGGACGGCAUUCUUCAAGAUCCCCCUGAUGGUUCCAGGGUUGAAUUACCCCAUCGACACUUUUGUUGAGUGCUUGAGUGACAAAGGGAUCUCAGACAUCAUCAAAGUAUUUGUGCUGAGGGAAGGAAAAAGUGCUCCUCUCCUCACUGCCCACAUCAACAUGCCUGUGAGCGAAGGAAUAGCACUGAACUAAGGAGAAUGAGAGAGUGGGACACCUCUAGCAGUCUAUUGCCUCAACUUUGCUGUGCUGCUAGCAGCAAAUAGCAGCAAGGCUUCUCCACAGAGCUGCCCAGAUUGGAGACCCUUUGAUCACAGGAGUUAAGAGAAGCUUGUGCUGGUCACAGAGCCAGUAUGGUACCUGUAGCUUAGAUCAGGAUUGAGGGGGCAUGUCCUCACUGACAAUACCUCUGCGAUAUUGAAUGAGUAGUGAAAAGAGAUUUUGAUUGACAGCUACAAGUCCAAACGUCCAUUAUAGGUCAUAUAGUUUGGAUGUAAGAGAGUGUAUAAGAUACGUUAUGAUGUUUAAUGUAUUUUUAUGGUAGUCCUGUAUAUUUGUAUGUAAAAAGUAUAUAAAAAUUUUCUUUUUACAUACAUUUAAUACAUGUAAAAAGCUUAUGCUGUAUAUUUUUCCUUUAAAGUACUACACACUUGCACUUUAAAGGAUUGUUUAUAAGGCUUUAUUUAUUAUGAUUCAGUUGUUUAAAUAAAAUGGUUAACUGCAUAAUUUGUUUCUUGCAAGUAAAAAUCAAUAAAGUCAUACAGAAAAAGACAAGUAAAUGCGAAGUGUAGUUUGAUCAUAAACAUUCUACAUUUAAAAGAGGCACAAGGUUGAGAAUCACAGUAAAAUAUUCUCAUGUAAGAGCAGCACAGAGCAUAAGCUGUCAGCAAUUCAUUCUCUCCUUCCAUUUCACAGUUAUACUUCUAUAUCUACACGUUAAAAUGCAGUAAGUACAUCAAAUGUUCUUUGGCUCAGACAUAUUAUGUUUUGCUUGAAGGUGUCAUGACAUGCCUUGUUUAAAAUUAGUUUUGUUCCUUUUAAUAGGUUCACUUAUAAUAUUAUUGUAAUUUAUUUUAGCACAAAAAUCAGUCAUCUAUUUGUAAAACAAUAAUUUUCAAACCGAACAUUUCUGACAGUGGGUCACACUGUCAGAAAUGUUCGGUUUUGGUGCUUCGGUGCUUCUCCUUUAAGACUUGACGGUAAAUGCCCACUGUUAUGAUUGGCUCUGCUCUUGACUGACCUGAUCG